AUGGAUGCUGUGGGUUGCGAUGCUUUCAUUGAUGUGCAUGGCGACGAGAGCAUCGAGGCCAACUUUUUCGUCAAGCGUCGCAGCACUCCUCGCCUUGCCGCAUUGGAAGAUCAUCUUGGCCAAGCUCUGCUCCGAGCGAAUCCUGACUUCCAGUUGGAGCUGGGAUACGAAAAGGAGACCCCGGACGCAGCAGCCGACCUGUCGUUCUACAAGGAUAGCGAGAAGAUGCCACAUGUUGGCAGCGUCCAGGUGGGUCGGCGGUUCGAUUGUCUCUCCGUGACGCUCGAGAUGCCGUUCAAGGACUCGACGUACAACACGCCCGAUCCUGUGUGCCAGUGGUCUGGCCUGCGGUCCAGCAGACUCGGGGCCUCCCUGGUGGACGCGCUGUGUGACGUCUGCCCGCGCCUCCGCGGCGACGGCUGA